AAAUAAUCAAUAAGAAAAAUUCUCUUACGCUCAGUAACUGUAAUUUGAUUAUUUUAUGAAAAUAAAUCCAAAUUUUUUGAAUCGACAAAUGAUUAAUUUUAUGAUGAGAACAUUCUUAUUGGAGUUGCAUAGCAUCAUCCCAGAGACACGGAAAAACACAGAGUUUCAGUGUUACGGAGGAACAAGAGCAGCCUGCGAAAAGGUACACAUCCUGACAGUUCAUAGAAACCUGCCCUAAAGUAUCAAAUGGUGCAGGACAGUAAAUUAACUGAAUAAGUAUAAGUAAUUAUGAUCUUUUACAGCCUGUACACUCUUUACACUAUAUAAUAAAUUCUGCACUAUUUCUAUAUGAGAUGAAAGUAUAAAUGUGACCUGAUACUGGAAACUAAUCGGUUCAAAACCAUUAUUGAACGUAAGUGUAUAUAUACUGGAACAUUCAAAUGCUAAUGCAGCAUUUCUUUUCCUUUCUCUCUGGUGACUGUGGCUAGUAAAAGGACAAUAAAUGCUCUGCACCUCGGGUAAGUGUUGCUUAGCAGCAAAGUUAAACAGGACAAAGCUGCUUUUGCUGUCCUGCCAUGUUUGAGUGAGGAGGCAGUUUUUUUUCAUCUGAAGCUUGUCUGAAAAUUCUAUACACACUCUAUUAGCUGGAUAUGUGAAGCUAAUUUAAAACCCACGAGUAAAAGAAACACCUAUUUUCUGAGAUGAGGUGAACUAAUGCUGGACAAGAAUGGCUGAUUGACUGAAAUACAAACAAAGAUUAAGAGCAGACCAAUUCUUACUUUUCCACAUUGCCACAAAAAUCGAGCACUAUGGCUAAAGGGAAGAAGGGUGGAUCAAAAGGCAAAAUAAUUACCCUGAAAAUGGCCAAGAAAGCACUCAGGGUGACCCCCGAGGGAAAACGACAUCUUGAUCUCAGUAACAUGGGUAUUGACACCUUUCCAAAAUGUCUCCUAAAACUGACUGACCUAGAGGAGGUGGACCUGAGUCGCAAUCAGCUGAGAAAAAUCCCAGAUUUCAUUGGCCAGCUCAUUGGCGUGCUCUGGCUUGACCUUCACAGCAACUACAUCGAGCAACUGCCAAAAGGCAUCGGACAGCUUGAGACUCUGUGCCACCUCAACCUGUGCAACAACAGCCUGGACUCAAAUGGUUUACCCGCUGACAUCGGCAGUCUGAAGAACCUGCAGACGCUCAACCUGGGUAUGAACCGGCUCUCAGCUCUUCCACCCACCAUGGCUGCUCUGACUAACCUGAGAGAGCUCGGUUUGUUUGACAACAUGCUCACCGUGCUCCCUGAAUGCAUCCGCCUGCUGCCCAAUCUAAAGAAAAUCAACACCAAACGCAAUCCCAUGACAUAUGCUCAGAGAGAUGCCAAAGACACAAAACCAGCCGAAGGUGUGUAUUUGGUGAGAGAGGAAGAUCUGUGUAAACUGUGUCUAGAGAAAUGUAAGGAAGAAAGAAAGAGAAAGGAAAGAAAACAGCUUUCAGAUCAGUCUCUCCGGAAAGGUAGAUUUUCAGGGCUGAUCACACCAAACUCAGUGGCACGAAGCAAUCAGGAGCUGUGGCACUAGACUUUCUGCUGGUCUCCUUACUAAAGACAUUUUAAGAAUAUACUGUAGUGAAUGUAAUCAAUUACAGAUGAAUUGUAUUAAUAGUUAUGCACAAAUAAACUGUUUUGACCUGAGUUUAAUAUCAGUCUGAGGACAACAAAACAUGAUAUUUAUAAAAACUAAUUUUAAGUUGUAGACAAUAUAUUAUGAAAUUAAGGGAAUGAUUUAAUAGUCGCAUAAUAUAACAUAAGCAUUUUAAUUCUGCUGGUAGCAGUAACCAUUGUGUUUCAGCCGAUUGUUUGGGGAUUGAGGAUUGACAGCAUUUCUGUCACUCAUUAACUCUGUGCAUAUAGUGUCUUUCCCAGAAGCCUUUAGACACGAGCUGUCUCCUCAAAAUGUGUUUAAAAAAGGCAGUAUUGGGAGAGAUGAUGGUACAGG